UGGGUUUGUAGGACAGAGUUAGCUGCAAUACACGAGUUCACGGCCACUCCGCUGUAGCAACGGGCCGCUGAAAAAUGGCGAGAUACCUGAGGCCUCCAAAUACAUCUCUUUUCGUCAGAAACAUCGCCGACGAGUCCAGAAUGGUAAAGAUACAGGUAUGGAGACCCAACACCAAAGAAAGUUGAAAGGUGGUUAUAGAGUAGAUUCAAGCCAAAGACACCCAGGCGACAAGCAGUAGUGGAAUUUGGAAAAUAAAGACAGAGCGAAAGCAUGAAGAUACAAAGAGGACAAAAAAAGAGAGCUUCCAGGCUUCCAUUUGGCUACCAAAGGGAGGAAAAGAAAAGUGUUUAUUGGGCAAAGACAAGCAGGAAACCUCAAGUUCUUCUGCCAAGGCUAUAAAGAUCAAGCUGAAGGUCAAGCAUGUUAAAGGUAACAAGCCAGACUUUUUAUGUCCGGGAUGCAGAAGAUGCUCUUCACAACCUGGACCGUAAAUGGGUUUGUGGGCGCCAGAUUGAGAUCCAGUUUGCACAGGGAGACCGCAAGACCCCUAACCAGAUGAAGGCCAAGGAGCGCCAUUCACCUCGCAGUUUCUCCCGCUACGAGGAUGAUCGAGAUACCCGCAGAAGACGCUCCCGGAGUCGCAGUUAUGAUCGCCGCAGGUCCCGGAGCCCCUCUUUUGAGCGGCGUCCUCGGAGGUCUGAGAGCCCUAGAGACUCUCGAUCCUACAGUCGACAUGGACGAAGCAGAAGCCAUGAAAAUAACAAGCACAAAGCUCCUCCCAGUGACCACCACAGAAUGCACCAUGAACCAGCCUCACACUCCACCUCCCGCUCCCCUUCACCGUCCAGGUCUAGACCCAAAGGUAAAAAGAGCCAAUCCAGGUCUCACAGCCCGGCGGAAGAUUUCCACCCAUCCCAGAAACAGUCUGUUAGGAGAUCCCCAUCACGCUCCUACUCUAGAUCCAUGUCCCGAUCACGCGCUCGUUCCAGGUCCUGGGCUGGACAUAAGUCUAGAGGCCACUGACUGUUCUCCAAAACCCGUUUGUUCACUAGAGGUUCCUGUUUAAUGUUCAAUUCUAGCCCUUUCUGGACAAUACUUCAUAUUGUAGGUUUCAUUAAUCUGCUAAUGAUGGCAUUUUGUUAUUCUCUAUGUUCCUCCCAUUCAGAUGUACCAGCAGCAGUGACCGAGAGAUCCACAGCAUGUGAUAUUUGACAUGCGUGCAACAGAUUUUUGUUUUUAGCUGAAAGUGUUGUCAGUAUUGACACUAGACUGUAGAACACUCGGUUCCCUCUGCUGCUGUUAUUAAGAGCUUUGUGUGCCUGUGCUGCUGAGAACUGCACAAAGUCCCUCCCACACAUACUUAAGAGAGACAUAUCUAGCUUCUGGAUUGGGAAAAUGUAACAAGAGUGCUUUAAAGUUACUGCAAAUAAAAAGAGAACUUAUAAACAUGCUAUUGCUGUAGUGAGCUGAAGAACUCAUGCAGUGUGUUGUGCGUUCAUAUCUAUAAAUGUAAUUGCAUGGACUGGAUGUAAAUGCUUCUAGGUCCAGGCCUGUUAAGAACUGCUGUUUUGACCUUCAUGGAGAAGCUACCAGGGUGCUUAUUUCGACCCAAAAUGGACAUGUUAAGAUACGUUUCUACAAAGGUGUGCAUGUGUGAAAGGAGUCUUGUGCUCCCUGCUUCCAUUUCUUAUUUCAAUAUAAAGGAAUCUGUUGCCAAAAUAAAUUUGUCAAUAAAAGCACAGCUGAUUCCUGGUUUUUUUUUUUUUUUUUUUGUACAUGUGUUAAACUGAAGGCCCUAGUUUACCAGUGUUUACAACAUGCCCUGGACAUACAGGUUUAAUUUCAGUAGGCAAACUUGUAUACUAUACUAAUUAUUAUUGCUGUGGCAAAGGAAGAUACUGAAUGCACUUAGCUGGUACACAAUAUGGCAUUUUGUUUUGUAAUGAUAUAUUCAAGAUGAGAAUGAUUUUUCUUGUAUUCAGUGCCCCUGACUUCCUUGUUUAAACUGUUAUAUCUGGUACCUUUUGUCAAUAAAUGCAUUCU